GCCGGAGAGCUGCCCUGGGCAGGAAGGAAAGGGAGAGACUGAGAGACAGAGUCACACAGCGAAAGACCGCAAGACCCAGAGAGACCCCCAGAGCAAGUCACGGAGCAAGACAGAGGAAGAGGGGGCUUGUGUCUGCAGAUUUUCCCACACCAGCCACCCCAGCUUCCCGAGCCCUCUGUGCUGGUGGCAGCUCCAGCCAGGCCGGUGGGCAGCAGGGACCCAGAACUGUGUCUGGCCAGGCGGGCAGUAGGAGCAUUUGACCAAGGACAAUGGUGAUUCUUCAGCAGGGGGACUAUGUCUGGAUGGACCUGAGAUCCGGGCAGGAGUUUGAUGUGCCCAUCGGGGCAGUGGUGAAGCUCUGUGACUCUGGGCAGAUCCAGGUGGUGGACGAUGAAGGCAAUGAACACUGGAUCUCCCCGCAGAAUGCCAGGCACAUCAAGCCCAUGCACCCCACGUCGGUCCACGGCGUGGAGGACAUGAUCCGCUUGGGGGACCUCAACGAAGCUGGCAUCCUGCGCAACCUGCUCAUUAGAUACCGAGACCAUCUCAUCUACACCUACACGGGCUCCAUCCUGGUGGCUGUGAACCCCUACCAGCUGCUCUCUAUCUACUCGCCAGAACACAUCCGCCAGUACACCAACAAGAAGAUUGGGGAGAUGCCCCCACAUAUCUUUGCCAUUGCUGACAAUUGCUACUUCAACAUGAAGCGCAACAGCCGUGACCAGUGCUGUAUCAUCAGUGGGGAGUCUGGGGCAGGGAAGACGGAGAGCACAAAGCUGAUCCUGCAGUUCCUGGCGGCCAUCAGCGGGCAGCACUCAUGGAUCGAGCAGCAGGUGCUGGAAGCCACCCCCAUCCUGGAAGCAUUUGGGAAUGCCAAGACCAUUCGCAACGACAACUCAAGCCGCUUCGGGAAGUACAUCGACAUCCACUUCAACAAGCGGGGCGCCAUCGAGGGCGCCAGGAUCGAGCAGUACCUGCUGGAGAAGUCACGUGUCUGUCGCCAGGCCCCCGAUGAAAGGAAUUACCACGUGUUCUACUGCAUGCUGGAGGGCAUGAGUGACGAACAGAAGAGGAAGCUGGGCCUGGGCCAGGCCACAGACUAUAACUACUUGGCCAUGGGUAACUGCAUAACCUGUGAGGGCCGCGAGGACAGCCAGGAGUAUGCCAACAUCCGCUCGGCCAUGAAGGUGCUUAUGUUCACAGACACGGAGAACUGGGAGAUCUCAAAGCUCCUGGCCGCCAUCCUGCACCUGGGCAACCUGAAGUAUGAGGACCGUACGUUUGAAAACCUGGAUGCCUGCGAGGUCCUCUUCUCCCCAUCCCUGGCCACAGCCGCGUCUCUGCUCGAGGUGAACCCCCCAAACCUGAUGAGCUGCCUGACCAGCCGCACCCUCAUCACCCGCGGGGAGACGGUGUCCACCCCGCUCAGCAGGGAGCAAGCGCUGGACGUGAGAGACGCCUUCGUCAAGGGGAUCUACGGGCGGCUCUUUGUGUGGAUUGUGGACAAGAUCAACGCGGCAAUUUACAAACCUCCCUCCCAGGAAGUGAAUAACUCUCGACGGUCCAUCGGCCUCCUGGACAUCUUUGGGUUCGAGAACUUUGCCGUGAACAGCUUCGAGCAGCUGUGCAUCAACUUCGCCAAUGAGCACCUGCAGCAGUUCUUCGUGCGGCACGUGUUCAAGCUGGAACAGGAGGAGUAUGACCUGGAGAGCAUCGACUGGCUGCACAUCGAGUUCACAGACAACCAGGACGCCCUGGACAUGAUCGCUAACAAGCCCAUGAACAUCAUUUCCCUCAUCGAUGAGGAGAGCAAGUUCCCCAAGGGCACAGACACCACCAUGUUGCAUAAACUGAACUCCCAGCACAAGCUCAACUCGAACUACAUUCCCCCCAAGAACAACCACGAGACCCAGUUUGGUAUCAACCACUUUGCAGGCGUUGUUUACUAUGAGAGUCAAGGCUUUCUGGAGAAGAACCGGGACACCCUGCAUGGAGACAUCAUCCAGCUGGUCCACUCCUCCAGGAACAAGUUCAUCAAGCAGAUCUUCCAGGCUGACGUCGCCAUGGGCGCCGAGACCAGGAAGCGCUCGCCCACGCUCAGCAGCCAGUUCAAGCGGUCCCUGGAGCUGCUGAUGCGCACGCUGGGUGCCUGCCAGCCCUUCUUCGUGCGCUGCAUCAAGCCCAACGAGUUCAAGAAGCCCAUGCUCUUCGACCGGCACCUGUGUGUGCGCCAGCUGCGGUACUCGGGCAUGAUGGAGACUAUCCGAAUCCGCCGAGCCGGCUACCCCAUCCGCUACAGCUUCGUGGAGUUCGUGGAGCGGUACCGAGUCCUGCUGCCCGGCGUGAAGCCGGCCUACAAGCAGGAUGACCUUCAGGGGACAUGUCAGCGCAUGGCUGAGGCUGUGCUGGGCACCCACGAUGACUGGCAGAUUGGCAAAACCAAGAUUUUUCUGAAAGACCACCAUGACAUGCUGCUAGAGGUGGAGCGGGACAAGGCCAUCACUGACAGAGUCAUCCUCCUCCAGAAGGUCAUCCGGGGCUUCAAAGACAGGUCCAACUUCCUGAAGCUGAAGAGCGCUGCCACGCUGAUCCAGAGGCACUGGCGGGGCCACAACUGCAGGAAGAACUAUGGGCUGAUGCGGUUGGGCUUCUUGCGGCUGCAAGCCCUGCACCGCUCCCGGAAGCUGCACCAGCAGUACUGCCUGGCCCGCCGGCGCAUCAUCGGGUUCCAGGCCCGCUGCCGCGCCUACCUGGUGCGCAGGGCUUUCCGUCAUCGCCUCUGGGCUGUGAUCACCGUGCAGGCCUACGCCCGGGGCAUGAUCGCCCGCAGGCUGCACCGGCGCCUCAGGGCUGAGUACCUGCGGCGCCUGGAGGCUGAGAAAAUGCGGCUGGCGGAGGAGCAGAAGCUCCGGAAGGAGAUGAGCGCCAAAAAGGCCAAGGAGGAGGCUGAACGCAAGCAUCAGGAGCGCCUGGCCCAGCUGGCCCGUGAGGACGCAGAGCGGGAGUUGAAGGAGAAGGAGGAGUCUCGGCGGAAGAAGGAGCUCCUGGAGCAGAUGGAGAGGGCCCGCCACGAGCCCAUCAAUCACUCGGACAUGGUGGACAAGAUGUUUGGCUUCCUGGGGACUUCGGGCAGCCUGCCAGGCCAGGAGGGCCAGGCACCUAGUGGCUUCGAGGACCUGGAGCGCGGGCGGAGGGAGAUGGUGGAGGAAGACCUGGAUGCGGCCCUGCCCCUGCCUGAUGAGGAUGAGGAAGACCUCUCCGAUUAUAAAUUCGCCAAGUUCGCUGCCACUUACUUCCAGGGCACGACCACGCACACCUACACCCGGCGGCCACUCAAGCAGCCGCUGCUGUACCACGACGAUGAGGGCGACCAGCUGGCGGCCCUGGCGGUCUGGAUCACUGUCCUCCGGUUCAUGGGGGACCUCCCUGAGCCCAAGUACCACACGGCCAUGAGUGACGGCAGCGAGAAGAUUCCCGUGAUGACCAAGAUUUAUGAGACUCUGGGCAAGAAAACAUACAAGAGGGAGCUUCAGGCCCUGCAGGGCGAGGGCGAGGCCCAGCUCCCUGAGGGGCAGAAGAAGAGCAGCGUGAGGCACAAACUGGUGCACUUGACCUUGAAGAAGAAGUCCAAACUGACAGAGGAGGUCAGAAAAGACCCUGCACGGCCUUGGUGGCCCAGGCUGGGGCAAGGCUGGGCUUGGGACCAACAGGGACGGGAGUGGAGUGGAUACUGCCUGUCCUCAGGGGACCAGGGUGGCCAGCAGGACAGCGUUGGAUGUGAUCAGGCAGACAGGAUGCAAGGAAGAGGGCGCUGUUCUCAGGCUGGGGUCGGUCAGGGAGGCUUCCUGGAAGAUGGGCCACGAGAGCUGGGGAGGGCUGGAGUGGCAGAUGGUGAGAGGGAGGACAUGCCAGGGCAUGGACCCGAUGCUUUUGAUCCAGGGACUUUUUUUUUUUGCGGCACCCAGGGAAGAAAAUGCCUGCUAGUGGCUUCCUGGAAUGAUGGAGUGACCAAGAGGCUGCAUGACGGAGAGUCCACGGUGCAGGGCAACAGCAUGCUGGAGGACCGGCCCACCUCCAACCUGGAGAAGUUGCACUUCAUCAUUGGCAACGGCAUCCUGCGGCCAGCGCUCCGGGAUGAGAUCUACUGCCAGAUCAGCAAGCAGCUCACCCACAACCCCUCCAAGAGCAGCUACGCCCGGGGCUGGAUCCUCGUGUCCCUCUGCGUGGGCUGCUUCGCCCCCUCUGAGAAGUUCGUUAAGUACCUGCGGAACUUCAUCCACGGGGGACCACCUGGCUAUGCCCCAUACUGUGAGGAGCGGCUCCGGAGGACCUUCGUCAACGGGACACGGACACAGCCACCAAGCUGGCUGGAGCUGCAGGCCACCAAGUCCAAGAAGCCCAUCAUGUUGCCUGUGACGUUCAUGGACGGGACCACCAAGACCCUGUUGACAGACUCGGCAACCACGGCCAAGGAGCUCUGCAACGCGCUAGCCGACAAGACCUCGCUCAAGGACCGCUUCGGGUUCUCCCUCUACAUCGCCCUGUUUGAUAAGGUGUCCUCCCUGGGCAGUGGCAGCGACCACGUCAUGGACGCCAUCUCCCAGUGUGAGCAGUAUGCCAAGGAGCAGGGCGCCCAGGAGCGCAAUGCCCCAUGGAGGCUCUUCUUCCGCAAGGAGGUCUUCACUCCCUGGCACAACCCCUCAGAAGACAAUGUGGCCACCAACCUCAUCUACCAGCAGGUGGUGCGAGGGGUCAAGUUUGGGGAGUACAGGUGUGAGAAGGUGAGUGAGAGCUAA